GACGCGACUCGCGAGUCACGGACGCGAUCUGUAAAUUUUAUCUUGUAAUUAACACACCAGCUAUCAAUUCGACUAGAUAAUUGGUUCUCGAAAAGCAAAAUAUUUUACAAAAUGGGCGUGAAAGCGAAGCGUAAGGUAUCUCCGAAUCCUACGCCGGGGUGGACGGCGCCUACAACUAGUUCGCAAGAACCCUUGAUUCCCUCUUUCGGUUAUCUUACAAACCUGGCCUUGAUUGCCGCGGCCGUACACGCCGCAAAUGAAGAGUAUCUCGCCGUCGUCUCCGAAUAUUUGCGAUGGCGAGAUCGGUCGGCUUCAAACAACUCAUCUUAUUCCAACCACAGAUUCAAUAGUGAAGACCUCGAAAAAUUACGAGCUGUAAUUCAAGCGCGGCCGCCCGAGGAAAAUACUCUCAGUACCUCUCAAAUCUUAGAAGCUCUUGAAGACACGUCCUACGUCGACAUUUGGAAGCGAGCGGCUGAGAAUAUGGCCUUCCUAAAGCGUCACCCAAAGCACCAAAACGGGAAGCAUCAAGGAAAGGCGAUGAUGCGAGCCAAGAAAUUAAGGGACUGCCGGGUCUCGAUUGAGAGCAGCUUUUGGCCAGUCGAAAAGGAUCUGCGAGCUUCACACCUUGACAAUACCUGCGCCAGCAUUCUCGCGAAAAUUGAAAUGCUUCGCGAGUAUGAGGAGGCAUACCCCAUAGCAUCAGACCGCCCUCGGUAUUAUUCAUUCAAUAAUCGGUCGCCAAACCUUCUCUUCUUCAUUUCCAUCUAUGCAAUGGCGACACUCGUCCUAAUGGGAGUGGCGUUCAAACUCUCUACCAAUACCCGUGGCUCCACCGGGAGCUCCGACUUCUACGUGCAAAUCGUAAAUGCGAUGCCCCAAACCCUGGGCCUUUUUACAACUGUCUUCACUAUCCGCAAAAAAUCAGCGGAAUACCCGAGGGCCUGGACAUCUGCCCUUUGCCUCACGGUGAUCGGUAUGGCAUUGACUUGGGGAGCAAUACCAAUAUAUGUCCAAUUGCCAACUAUAUGGAGCGGCCUGCUGUCUAUCUGCGGAUCAUUCGCGGCAUUAGCCAAUAUACUGCAACUCUCUGUAAUAACCGAGACUUCAAAGCUCAAGCAGCUCUAAGACAUCAAUUUGUUUUCUUGUCUACAUUGCUCCAGCGUCUAGUUCAACACGAUACCACACCACGUUGCUGCACCAAUAUGGGAGAAAGAGACGGCGAAGAGGGACUAACAUUCUUUUUUUUUUUUUUUUCAGAAA